UCGACAGGAUUACGGGAAAGCAUAUCUUCUGCCCAGGUAGAGGGAGCAAGGAACCCUGAGCUUCCCAAGCUGAAAUUUGGCGGGAAAUCCGAAGCUUUGGCUGCCAUGCUCUCCCGAGCACCCCCCUCACCCCACACCAUGCUCUCUCGCCCAGCUUUCCUCUUCUCCACGCAACCUGCUCUGUCAUGUAAACCCAUGAACCGCUUGAAAAAAAGAAGCCAUAAUUACAGCCCAAACCCCAAAAAGUUCCCUUCUUUCUCUAGCAAGAAUCUAUUUUUCAAAACGAGGUUCUCGAAUUUUUGCAAUUUUUCUAUACCCGAAAGAAACCCAGAUGCCAAAAGCAUCAAUUCUCUUUCAACGAACCUGUUGGAUCAUCCGAACGAGCUUGCAUUUUGGCUUCAAUCAUGUUAUUGUAUCCAGGACGUUAGAAGAAUACACGCAGUUGUUAUGAAGUGUUUGGGGGUUUCUCUGGUGUUUGUUUGCAAUAAUUUGAUUUCUGCUUAUUUGAGAUUGGGCCAGUUACAUGAGGCUCGUAAGGUGUUUGAUCAAAUGCCGAAAUCAAAUGUUGUGAGCUGGACUGCCAUUCUUAAUGGGUAUUUGAAUUUCGGGUACGAUGAUGAAGCUGUAAAGUUGUUUCGUAAUUUUAUUGAGAAGGGUUAUCGAGCAAAUUUUAAGACAUUUGUAUGCGUCCUGAAUUUAUGUAGUAAGAGGUUGGAUUUGGAGCUUGGGAAGCAAGUUCAUGCGUGUGUUAUUAAAGGUAAUUGGAGAAACUUGAUUGUAGAUAGUGCCACUGUUUACUUUUAUGCAGAAUGUGGUGAGCUGUUGGAUGCAUUUCGCGUAUUUCAUCAGAUGCCACAGCGGGAUCUUGUUACUUGGACCACCCUGAUUGCUGCUUGCUCCCAACAAGGAGAUGGAGAAGGUGCUUUUUCAAUGUUUUUGCAGAUGCUCUCUGACGGAUUUUUUCCUAACGAAUUUACUGUUUGUAGUGUUCUGAAGUCCUGUGGAGAGGAGAAGGCACUAAACUUUGGGAGACAGUUACAUGCUGUAAUAUUUAAGAAGAUACUUCAGGAUGAUGUCUUUGUAGGGUCGUCCCUCGUGGACAUGUAUGCUAAAUGUGGGGAAAUCAUAGAUUCUAGGGUAGUAUUUGAUGCAAUGAAAUGGAGAAACAUGGUGACAUGGACCUCCAUUAUUGCAGGAUAUGCUCGCAAUGGGCUUGGUGAGGAGGCCAUAAGUCUUUUUCGUGUAAUGAAAAGACAAAAAAUAUGUGCUAACAGCUUAACAAUUGUAAGCAUUCUCAAGGCAUGUGGCUUGACUGGAGCCUUACUGAUGGGAAAGGAAAUUCAUGCACAGAUUGUUAAAAAGUCUAACCAAAGCAACAUAUACAUAGGUACCACUCUUGUAUGGUUCUAUUGCAAGUGUGAGGAACGUCAUGUUGCCUCCAAAGUCCUCCAAACAAUGCCUCUCAGAGAUGUUGUCUCAUGGACUGCUAUAAUUUCUGGAUGUACUCAUCUUGGGCAUGAGGCUGAGGCUCUUGAGUUCUUAAGGGAAAUGUUGGAUGAAGGUGUGGAGCCAAAUGAUUUUACUUACUCAUCAUCUUUGAAAGCAUGUGCUAAGCUAGAAGAUAUUCUGCAAGGGAAAUCGAUACAUUCCUCUGUGAACAAGACUGCUGCCUCAUCUAAUGUUUUUGUUGGCAGUGCCCUCAUAAGCAUGUAUGGAAAAUGUGGAUAUGUUUCAGAGGCAAUACAAGUUUUUGACCACAUGCUAGAGCGAGAUGUGGUAACGUGGAAUGCUAUGAUUUCUGGUUAUAUAAGGAAUGGGCUCUUUCAGGAGGCUUUAAGACUCAUUUAUCAAAUGCAGGCAGAAGGUUUCAAGGUGGAGGAUUACAUCCUUUCAACAGUUCUUGCUGCAUGUGGAGACGUCAGUACGACGAUGGAUUUAUCAUCCUAUCAUUGCUUGCCUUCUUGUUGACCUCGUGCACAAUCAGAAUUUAUGUUUGGAGUUUGAAAUCUGAAACCGUAAAUGAAAGUGUGGAUGGCUGCUAAAGCAAAGCUGUAAAUCACCGAUUGCAUUAGUACAGUACAAAUAUUUAGGACAACGGCGUUCAAAGAUGAAAGGUUAUGAGAAUCUGAGUGCCUUGAGUCUCUCUUCUUCUCAAGAGAUAGAAGAAAAAAAUAAAAUGGUUCAGCUUAGCCCACCUUAUUAAUCAAGGUAGAUGCCUCAUCUAUUUUGGUGAUUGUGGAGGUUACAAGCUUUGGAGAAUUCUAAACACCAUGAAUGACUUGAGGAACAUGGGAAUAUUGUGACUAAUCUACCAUUCCAGUGUAUCAUCUGCAAAAAUGAAAAAGUCAUCUACUAAAGAGAUUUUCCUUGCCUUCAGAUGGAUGCUAUGUCAAACAUCAGCCAGUUCUACUGCUUUGGAUGACUUGACAAAUUUUUGCUCUAUUUUGGUGCUCCUUAGUUAUGGUGUGGAGAGCAAAUGAAAUGGGAGACGGAUUUAUCAUGAAGAGUGGUGUUAAUGGAGAAGGUGAGUGAAUGAUUGAGAACAGAAAACUGAAGAAACAAUGAAUACAUUCAAGCAGGCAUCUCACAUGUCUAGUUACUCUGCGCAAACUACACACGUCAUUAUGUUGCCAUUUGCCACGGUGGUCAAUAGUGCGACCUAGCAAAUUCCACUGAUCAAAGGGUGCAGGACAACUUUUUCCUGGAGUUCUUGUAACAUAUUUUAUUCUCUGAUUGACUUGCAUCAUCAUUCAAUCUCGUAAUGAGAAUACAAUAAGAGUUACUUAAAUUGAACUAAUUCCAAGCUUGUUCCUUGAAAUAUUUUUCUGUGUAUAUAAUUUAUGUUUAUGUUCUUUUCUUAAUUUUUUUGUAUUUUGUUUGUGUUUUUCCAUUUUUGUUUUUUAUUCCUAAUUGAAGAUGUUGCUUUUUCUCCAGUGGUUUGUAUUAUCCAAGUAAGAAUGCAUCCUCCCUCGAGGAUGCAUGCUAACCACGUCAAGCAUAUCUUAGAUCAUGAUCCUUUUGUGCCAUCUAAAUGUCACAGCAUACUAACAAGUAUAGUUGAUGUGAAGCCAAAGCUCAUGGUAGAAAUUGCAACUGAAUUGAUAUUUUUGUGUUUUGCAGCUUGCUUAUAUUUUGGAAGAUGGAAAGAGUAUUGAUUACAAAGUAUUGACUACAUGCGUGACAAAUCCGAAACGUUUGGAGUUCAAAUUGCUUGUGUAAUCAAACUAUAGUUUUUUAGAAGACGUGUGCUUAUUAUAUGUCAUUGGUGGUGAAAGGUACAUUUCUCUUGUAGGUAUUUGAAAAUACUUGGGGAGCUUUAAAUAAUCUAGACAAUAGGAAAAGCGAUAGUUGCAGUCAAAGUCCUUUCAUUUUGAGUGCACUUGAAAUUAUGAAUAAAAAUGUAUCUUCUUUUCUUUUUAUUGGAAUGAUUAUAUUGAUUU